UCUAUUAUCCCAACAUUCGUAAACAGGUAGGUUUUGAAGGGUAGAUCGCAGCAUACUUCCUUCCGUAAGCAUCAUCGGUGCCAUCUAUUUCAAGGCUGAAGAAAGGUUCCAGCACGCUAACCAACUACCAUUCAGACCACCACCGUCAACCACCUUUCACAGCAUCAAACGUAUAUAAAAGCAAGCUUCGCAAGCUCCUCGUCCAAAUAGGGCUUCCCACACGAUGAAGGCCACUCUUGCUCUCCUCCUCUGCUUCUCAGCGGUAGCCCUCGUUUGGUGCCGUCUUCCCAGCGAAUACGCCAUCGUUGGGUACGAGCCUGGUCCUAAUGCAACGGAACGCAGCUACGAGCUCUUCGAGCAGUGGUGCAGGGCGCAUGGCAAGGUGUACAUGCAUCCAGCCGAGAAGGCUCGGAGGUUCGAGUACUUUCUCGCGAACCUCCGGUACGUCUUCGAUAGGAACUCGAGGCGAUCAUCUUCGUCAUCGAGCCACGGCCAUGCAGUGGGUCUCAAUAGGUUUGCUGAUCUGAGCAACGAGGAGUUCAAGGCCGCGUAUAUGAGCAAGAUAGGUAGGAAAAGAGAAGUAGAAAUGAGCAGGGGAGGGGACAUGGAGAAGACACGGGAGAGCUGCGACGCACCUGCCUCGUUAGAUUGGAGGAAGAAGGGAGUCGUGACGGCAGUUAAAGAUCAAGGAUAUUGUGGCAGCUGCUGGGCAUUUUCUUCAACAGGGGCAAUGGAAGGGAUAAAUGCAAUCACUACAGGAGACCUUAUCAGCCUCUCUGAACAAGAACUGAUUGACUGUGAUAAAACAAAUGCAGGCUGUCAGGGAGGUUAUAUGGAUUAUGCAUUUGAGUGGGUCGUAAAAAAUAAGGGAAUAGACACGGAGUCAAAUUAUCCUUACACAGGCCAGAAUGAAGCAUGUAACACCAUAAAGGAGAAAAUAAAAGCGGUGACAAUUGACGGAUACCAAGAUGUGACUCCAAAUGAAGAUGCUCUCCUCUGUGCUGUUCUUAAACAGCCUAUCAGUGUGGGUAUAGUUGGUUCAUCACUGGAUUUUCAACUAUAUGCAGGAGGAAUAUAUGAUGGAGAUUGCUCCAGCAAUCCUGAUGAUAUUGACCAUGCAGUACUGAUUGUUGGAUAUGGAUCACAAGGCGAUGUUGACUAUUGGAUUGUGAAAAAUUCAUGGGGAACAACCUGGGGAAUGCAAGGAUACAUAUACAUCAGGAUGAACACAGGAUUACCUUAUGGUGUUUGUGCCAUAAAUGCAAUGGCUUCUUAUCCAACCAAACAAUCCACUUCUCCACCCCCGUUUCCGACACCUGCUGUGCCACCACCACCGCCUCUGCCGCCUCCACCUAGCCCUUCACCGGUUGUGUGCGGAGAUAUGUCAUACUGCUCAUCUGGAGAAACUUGCUGCUGCAUAUAUGAAUAUUUCGGGUAUUGCCUACUCUAUGGUUGCUGUUCUUAUGAGAAUGCAGUAUGCUGCACUGGGACUGAUUACUGCUGUCCUCAAGACUAUCCCAUUUGUGGUGUACUUGGAAUCUGCCUCCAGAGCAAUGGGAAUGUCAUGGGUGUAGCAGCAAAGAAAUUAAAACUUGCCAAGCACAAGUUACCAUGGACAAAGUUUGAAGAGGCAGCCAGCUUUUAGCCUUUGGUGCGGAGUAAGGUUGCACUUAAAAUUUCAAGUUGAAGGCCAGAUGAAUGGAAGAGAAAUGGACCAGAAGCUUUAAGUUGAAUACUGUUGGAUUCGUCUAUGCAUGGAGAAUAAAAUAUGAUUUUCAUAA